CAUUCUUUCUUGCUCGAGGACCUGCCACCUCUUGUGUUUGCCUCAUCUGCGGGUUCUGCAUAUGUAUACGGAGAAUGCACAGUGGCAGCCGCCAGGCCCCAUGACCGUCUCUGGCCUGACGUGCGCGAGCGCAUGUUUAGACGUCAUCCUUGCCUACUUGUUGUCACCUUGCCCUCGGCGUGGACCUGCGGCGUUGCGAUAUCAUAGCGAGCGGAGAGACAUCCAAGCACACCGUGGACGUGCCAGGCUUGAUAUGUAGGUCCGUCCACUGGAGAACGAGCACCUCAGUCGCGCUUUUUGCAUUCCGCCGCCUUCCCGCAGUCUCGUCGAUCAGUGGGCGCGCGACGUCUCCAAUGAAAUAGCCCCGGCGAGACGCAGAUCUACGCGCAUUACUCAGCAGUCGACUUGUGUCCUACCUGCGCCGCCAUUGCCAUUUGAGUCGGGACCUGCAUGGUCAAGAAGUCGUGGUCUUAUGACGUCGAGUGUGCGUUGAAUACAUCUACCUAGGAUCUUGCCCGAGAAGUCAUCGUGUCCAUUUCACUACGUUAUGAUGGCUGAAUCAAAGACCUUCACAGCACGAUGUCACUGUUCCAACGCUAAGCUGUCCUUUGCUGUGCCCGCGUCCAGCCUUCCCCUCACCUCUCAUACCUGUCACUGCAGUAUAUGUCGCCGCAUACACGGCACCCUCUCCGUCUUUCAUGCUCGCAUUCCCUCGCCUCCAACCCCCGACCCUCGUCACUGCCCUUCUCUGACUUCCUAUCGUGCGCACCCGUCCUCGGACGUGCUCCGUUUCUUCUGCUCCACAUGUGGUUCUCAACUCAUUGCCCUUGCCGAGGCUGACCAACAUUGGUUUGUUAGCACUGGCCUCGUGGAAGGCGGAGACGAGACGGUCUUUGAGUACAAGGAGGCAAUCUUUGCGACGCACGCUGUCGACGGAGGGCUGGCCGAUUGGUUGGACCAGCGCGUGACGAGAAAGUGGGAUACGUUCAUCGGUGUGGGCGAGUCCCUCGAAGCUGAUGCAUGGGAGAAUAGCAAGCGCCGAGUGUGCGAUGGAGAGAGGGGGAGUGUCCUGCAUGUCUACUGUCAGUGCAGAGGUGUCGAAUUCAGAAUAUCCAGGCCCGAUUACGCAUCCACGGCGUUUCAACAGCUAUUUCCGCAUCUUGAGAUACCGUCUGUGAAUCUAGCGUCGAGGACUGCAGAGAAGGACGAAGGAGAGCGCACAUGGUGGGUUGCUCGUGAUCCGUCAAAAUAUCUUGCCAGCGCGUGCUUGUGCACAAGCUGUCGUCUAUCCACGGGGUGCGAGCUGACUUGCUGGGCCUCUGUCGCGAUCAUGUUCAUUACACCAGCUGACGGGUCGCCUUUUAAAACGGAGUUCGGCACUCUGAAGACGUACAACAGCAGUCCAGAUACGUUUCGACGGCAAGUCGCCUUGCUCAGUCUUGGAGCUGAUAAACGCUUCUACUAACACAAAGUAGCUUCUGCGGCACAUGUGGCGCCACAGUCUUUUGGCACCACAUGGUGGAGCGUCCGGGCGAGAUCGAUGUCGCUGUUGGGCUGAUGGACGCGAGGACAGGAGCACGAGCGGAAGAUUGGCUUGAGUGGCGGAAGCAACCGCCAAGUUUUGCAGAAGACGCCAUAAAUAAGAAGCUGGCGAAGCAGCUGACCGACGGCUACAUGCGGUGGGUGAAUACAAAGUGAGACGAAGAAACGGGCGUGGUCACCAACAGAGCUUUCCACGAUGUCAACACGUCGAGCCGUUUGUACAAAUGCGAAUGAUUUCACAUGUCUUUGAUCUCCCACUGUAUUCGUGAUCCUUUCAUCUGAUCCUUUACUCGAAGUUCACGAUAAGAUCGGAUUCAGCUCAAAGAGCUUUACGUCUCGACACCCAGCUUACCAAUCAAGCAAUUGGUAUCUCACCAACUGCAGGUUACCAAAAAAUGCGG